AUGAAGACGGCUAGUAUUGUGCUGGUUUUUACCUGCUUGGUGUUGAUUGGUCUAUCAGCUGCUCAGUAUACAAUACUCGGCACUCGACCGAAGCGGGUCCAUUCGAUGGGCGUGUUCAAGAAUCGCAAGCUGUUUCGCGCCGAAAAUGAGAUGCAAAAGCGCUACGUGCUCAUCCACGGCUACUAUACCUACGAAGAA